AUGCCUCAUCAUCAACCAAAUAGCAAUCUAACUUCUGCCCCGCGAGGUAUCUUGAAAAACAAACCAGGAUCACAAGAAUCUCGUUCCCCACAUUUGACGUGGGAUGAACCUAACCUGGCUCUCAACGAUCUCAACCGAGACUCGACCAUGAAGAUCACUGAGCCAAAGACACCAUUUGUUCGCUACAACGCAGAGACAGACGAAGUCAUGAACUUGGACGCGAUACCGGACUUCGAUCUUGGCCACUCCACCAGCUCGGCCAGAGACCGUAGUGCUUCACCUGGGACUUGUAUGUCAGGUCUUACCCAAGAAGUCUCAUCCCCUGUACAUCAAGAUAGUGCUGGUCCUAGUGUGAUUCGUCGAGCCUCAACAUCGUCUCGUAGGGAUUCUGACACUACCGAACGAAGACAAGUACUAUUACAAAAACCUAACAUACCUUCAGCUGCCGAUGACGAUGAAGACGAAGAGCUAGAUCCUGAUAGCAAGGCAAAACAUGAUGCAUUUGUGAAAGCUCGAAAAGGUCAUUACGGGAAUGAAGCUGAAGCGAUGAAGCGUGCACGAGAAUUGGCUGAGCGUGAAGAAGUUGAGAGUGAGAUGAAUGCUGAAUCCGAUUUACCCAGUGCGGAUUCCUCAUCUGACUUGGUCUCCUUGACCAAUGGUACAGCAUGA